UGACAUUUGGUUAUUUGGAGAAUUUUUUUAAUAUUUUUUUGGAGUUUUUGUAGAAAUUCCAUGAGAAAUUCACUCCAAAUAUUGUAUAGGUAUUUCAAAUGUAAUUUGAUCCGAAAUCCUUUUCUCGUAUAAAAGUAAAAUAUUUGUCAUAUAAAUGUCCGGCCCACAUAAAUUGGAUCCGAGUAUGACUGGUGUGUGGGUGAAUUUCUUCACGGCGGCAGGCAUACCGUCGGAUGUGUCGGCGACCUACGCCCUUACAUUCACCGAGAACAGAAUUCAGAAUGAUAUGCUGCUUGACCUGAACAAGGAGUACCUCCGAGAUAUGGGAAUCACAAGGAUGGGGGAUAUCAUUGCUAUAUUACGGCAUGCAAAGCUAGUGCACGAGAGCACAGCGCGGGAUAGAGUGCUGAGUACCGCAGCUGCUAGCAACAAGCCGCCUGUGGCUACCAUCGCCGCCCGCACCGCUGUCUCACAGCCCUCCUCUCCGGUAAGCCGCAUGCUGGAGCACUACACUCGCCGCGCGACGCCCGACACGUCGCCCGUCCGGGCUCCGCAGCCCAAGCGGAGGUCCAACGAAAUGAUACCAGUUGAUGAAACAAGUGUCAAGAAAGCGCGUCUGAUUCGUUUUGGAUCUCCACCAAAAGCAACUGCCACCAUACCUAAAGAAGCACCGACGAACAAGACGGUUUUCGCACGACUCGGCAACUCAGACUCGCCGCAACCGAAAUCAGUCGCCGUCCAAAGACCCGCGCCACAGAAACCAGCUCCUAAACAAAUAUACUCCAGACUCGGGGCCAAGGAUCAACCACAAAAAGAGGCAGUGCCUGUCGAUAAAGAUGCGCUUAAAUACGAAGGGAUACUUAAAAGUCUUCCACUCUCCAAAAGGAUAUUCACAGUCACCACAAAUGUAAAUAACAUGAGGAAGAUAGCCGUCGGCACCAUGAGAGCUGAUCAACCACCGGUUAGUAUCAAAGAAAAACUUGCCACAACCAAAACAAAACCCCCAAUUUCUCUCAGAGAGAAAAUAGCCUUAGCACCCGCAACCAAAUCAGUUAAAUUCUCCCACGUUGAGUAUCAAGAAAUUGAGCCCAACAAAAGUACGCUUGUCAAGCCUAAGUUCACUUCUGUGUUCAAUAAACCGGAACGGAGACUGUCUACUAUGCUAGAACCCGAACCUAGCAGCGUCAAAGCCAGGCUUGGCUUGAAAAAUGAAAUCCCGAAAAAGUUUCAGCGUGUGUUUGAUAGGUCAGGAGUUUGAUUGUGUUGUAAGGGAUAUUUUUUACUAGCUGAUGCCCGCGACUUCAUUCGCGUGGAUUUAGGUUUUUAAAAAUCCUGUGGGAACUUGGAUUUUCCGGUAUAAAAAGUAGUCUAUAUCACUCCGGUUGUAAGGAAUAUUUUUACUAGCCGAUGUCAGCGACUUCGUCCGCGUGGAUUUAGGUUUUUAAAGAUCCCGUGGGAACUCUGAUUUUCCGGGAUAAAAAGUAGUCUAUGUCACUCUCCGGGUCUGCAUUCGUACUCAUGCAAAAAAUCACGUCGAUCCUAUGCUCCGAUGCGACGUGAUAAGGACAAACCAAUAAAUCAACAAACAAGCACACUUUAGUAUUUACAAUAUGGGUAGUGAGUGUAUGAUACAAGAUGUGGAAGCAACACAGACAAAACUGUGCUGUGUGUAGCUGUGGCUUCGUCUAUCAGCGGCGACAAAAAUAAAUAUGUGUGUGAGUGAAUCUAAUUAAGUAAAAACCUGUUUUUGUAAGAAAAAAACGCGAUCUGUAAAACUCGUGCCAAUAAAGAAACGAAUCGGAAAUGGGGGCGUUAAUUAUUCCCUCUCACUCGCACACUAUGCACUGUUAUAGUGCCUAAGUGAGACGGAAAGAUUAGCAUUGCUUCGUUUCGAUUCAAUGCGUUUCUUUACUUGCACGAGUUACACAAAAAUACGGCGUUUUUUGUCAUUCCUUCUUAGUUGCAUCCACGGGAAUGUGUGUAAGUGAGAGGGAAUGAUUGACGUCGCCAUUUUUAUUCUGUUCUUUUGUGUUAGGAGUUAAAUAGAAGCGAACCUGAUUUAUUCGUGAAAAAACGGAUGAUAGUUCAUACGUUUGAUAAUCACGCGCCUGCGCUUGUUAGCCCGUAAAUAAAACUAAACAACAAGCCUCAAUAGCUUAACGUUUAUAGGAGCGGACUGAACUGUGAAAGGUCGGGUGGUUCAAACCCCAUCAACUGCAAUAUUGUCGUACUCAUAAGGUUUACGCUUAGUUGGAGGGGAAAGAGGAAUAUUGGGCAUGAUUAACGUGGCCAAUAUACUAAUUGAAAAAAACGAUAUUAAUUAUUAUUAUGAGUAGCAAACUGGAUUUGUGAACAUAUUAUUAGGGUCUUUGCACAUCGCGAAAAUUUCAUGUGCAGUUCAAUCUCACAUAAGCGUUAUACAGUCCAAGCUAUUCAACUUUGAAAGUAACCUUUGCAUUAACUGUGCGUGAAAAUUUUCUCAAAAUGCAAAGACAUGUGUUAUUAAAAAAUAUGGGUGCUUGAGUUUUCUCUAUAUUUUUUUAUUAUUGGGACUGCGUUGAUUUUGUUUCAGCAUUUAAAUAUUCCUCUUUUAUGAUUUUUUAUUGUGAGCAAUACCUUUGUACAACACAUCACUCUAAAAUUAUGACGAAUAUAAAAUAAUUUGUAUUUUUUAAGGAUCCGCCGCUCCUGUUUAUAGAUGCUACUGUAAAAUUCCGAACUACGGUAAUUUCUAGGAUCUACGCCAUAUAACACGUCACGAUAUCAUAGUGGCAUAUUUUAUUUAAUAAAAAGAUGUAAAAAAAUUGAAAAUAAAUCUGAAGAUGUACAUGCCUACAAUACUUAAUUUUUUACCUUUUAGUCCUUAAGCCCUAAUUCGCACGAGCGUUAAAAAAGCGUUGCGUUAAAACCCGGCGUUGCGCUGUAAAUACAAAUUGCGCGUAAAACCCGUUAACGUGUGAACCGAUACUUGGGAAUGCAUUUGUUCUAUUUGAACGGACGUUACAAAGCUCUCGUGUGAAUGAGGCCUAAUCGUGCUUUUAACAUGACAGUUGACAGAGCAAAUAUGGCAAUGAUUGAGUUCUCAAAAGUACAUGUUUCUCUAAGAAACAUUUUUUCAACUUGAAAUAAAAUUGAAUCAUAAUAGGGAAAUAAGUUUUUUAAACGAAGUUAACAUUGAGUUUUACUAUAUAUUGUUUGGUUUAUGUCAUUAACUUAGAAUAUAUGUAUCUACAUAAUAUAAGGUUCCUUCACAUUACAACAUCACUUGUCUAGAUCUGAUAGUGUAUGAACUGUGUGCAAUGAUCCUUAUUAAAGUGGGAGUAUGGAUUAUUGCUAAACUGUCUCGAGAGAUAAGAGAUGACAGACAGAGGUUUCGGCCGCGGCUAGUUACUAUACCAUCGGCAAAGCCACUAUCACCAAACAAUCAGUAAGAUGCCGCAUUAAGUUUAGGUACGUAAUUUAUUAUCACCAUUACAUAAUUAUCAUACAAAUCCAACAAAUGACAAAAGAACAACUAUUUUGAAUAAAUUAUUUGACUUUGACGUUGACGUUGACUUUUACUUUAAAUAGCUAGUAGAUACCGACAAGGUAUAUCAUGCAUUUGUGAAAUGUCUUGUAAUGUGAAUGAACUCUUAGGGCCUGCACAGACGAUGGACUAUUGUCCGUGGAAGACACAAAUUGAUCACCUAAGGAUAACCCACACGAUGUCCCAUAACGCACACGAUGGACUAAUAAUAUCGUCGUAUCCUACGAAUAACGACACUGUUGCAAAAAGCCUACUUUUGAAGAGGAGCAUUUUUGUGUUUUAUUUUACUACUAAUGAACAUUGUAUGUAAUGUGAUCUUAUAUUAGUUUACAAUGUUGGUAAAGGGUUUUAGGGUUACUAUAAAGGGGUUUAUUGGCAUUUUCUUCAAUUCAAUUUCAAACAUUAAAAUUGUCCCUUAGUACUUUAUACCACAGAACCGAAUCUUUUCUAUCCAUAAGUGGAUCCUUUUUGUUCGGAAAACAGCCACAAGUACCAUAGUGCCUGUGGUCUACGGAGUUGCACAAGCAUUUAAGUGAUAGAUUGAAUUACAACUAAAUGAAAUACCUAAUUAUUUAACUAGUUUUAAGAGUAUUUCAAGCAAUUAUUAUUAUUAUUGUGGCUUGACCUCGCGCGUGAGCUGUGCCUGAUUGACGGGUAAAAGUCUGACACUGCUGCAGUAACUGUUUUGAUCGGAUAUUUUCCGCUGGUACAAUUGUGUUUUAUUUUCAAACCCUAAUUUCUGGGCAAUAAAAUCAAUUUUUUAAAAUAUUUAUGAGUUUGAAUGAUGUGCGAUUGAGAGUAGAUUUUAAAUAAGCAAAAAAAUAAAACGCCACUAGGACCUUUGUGCGUUGUGGCGUUAUUCGUAGAAUACGACGAUAUUUCGAAAAAUUAUACUUAGUAAAAGAUGACAGACUUUCGUCCUCCGCGAUCAAUAGUCCCUCAUCUGUGCAGGCCCUUAAUAAUUAUGGUCAUAAUAUUGUAAUUUUUGAUCAUAGAAUAAGAAUUUGGUUCUCUUUGGUAAGAUUUGUUUUUUUUAUGCUACGACUAAUGAUACUACUAUGCUAUUGCAAAAUAAUAAACGUAUUUUUUAUUUCA